AUGGCCGCGCGCCCCGGGCCGCUCUGGCUGCUGGGCCUGGCGCUGUGCGCGCUGAGCGGCGGCGGCGUCCCCGGCCCGCGCCCCCCGCUCGGCUGCCCGCAUCGCCGCCUGGGCCCGCGCGAGCGCCGCGACCUGCAGCGCGAGAUCCUGGCGGUGCUCGGGCUGCCCGGCCGGCCUCGGCCCCGCGCGCCCCCCGCCGCCCUGCUGCCGGCGUCCGCGCCGCUCUUCAUGCUCGACCUGUAUCGCGCCGUGGCCAGCGACGACGACGAGGACGGCGGGGCCCCCGAGCGGCGCCUGGGCCGCGCAGACCUGGUCAUGAGCUUCGUCAACAUGGUGGAGCGCGACCCCGCCCUGGGCCACCAGGAGCCCCACUGGAAGGAGUUCCGCUUUGACCUGACUCAGAUCCCGGCCGGGGAGGCCGUCACGGCCGCGGAGUUCCGGAUUUACAAGCUGCCCAGCACUCACCCGCUCAACCAGACGCUCCACAUCAGCAUGUUCGAGGUGGUCCCAGAGCAGUCCAACAGGGAGUCUGACUUGUUCUUUUUGGAUCUUCAGACGCUCCGAUCUGGGGACGAGGGCUGGCUGGUGUUGGACGUGACAGCAGCCAGUGACCGCUGGCUCUUGAACCGUAACAAGGACCUGGGACUCCGCCUCUAUGUGGAAACAGAUGAUGGGCGCAGCGUGGAUCCUGGCCUGGCCGGUCUGCUGGGGCGACAGGCUCCGCGCUCCAAACAGCCUUUCGUGGUCACCUUUUUCAGGGCGAGCCCCGGCCCGGGCCCCGCCCGAGCCCCUCGAGCGGCAAGGCCCCUGAAGAGGAGGCCGCCGAAAAGAACCAACGAGCUGCCGCCCCCGAACAAACUGCCGGGGAUCUUCGACGACGUCCACGGCUCCCACGGCCGGCAGGUGUGCCGUCGGCACGAGUUGUACGUGAGCUUCCAGGACCUGGGCUGGCUGGACUGGGUCAUCGCCCCCCAAGGCUACUCAGCCUAUUACUGUGAAGGGGAGUGCUCCUUCCCGCUGGACUCCUGCAUGAACGCCACCAACCACGCCAUCCUGCAGUCCCUGGUGCACCUGAUGAAGCCGGACGCGGUCCCCAAGGCGUGCUGCGCGCCCACCAAGCUGAGCGCCACCUCCGUGCUCUACUACGACAGCAGCAACAACGUCAUCCUGCGCAAGCACCGCAACAUGGUGGUCCGCGCCUGCGGCUGCCACUGAGGCCCCGCCCCCGCC